AUGCCAAAGUCCCUCGAGACGAACGUGGGCAAGGCUACCCAUCCGGACCAAGAAGGUUGGGCAGGCAAGGACAUGUUCGCAAGCACAACCGCAUGGCAUGAGCUCAGGAAGAGCAGCAAACUCGCUCGCUACAUGGAUCCAUCCACCGCCACUCCGCGUUCGGCCAAGGGCUGCGCACGCACUCGACAUUACGACAUUGACAUUACGGCUAGGAGACACGAGGACCGUGUGCAGUUUGUAGGUACGGCAGAAGCCAAAUGCUGGAAAAAUCCUUUCAAGACGGAAGAAGAGGGUAUAGGCAAUCCAAAGGGAGACGGAUGA